CUGUUAGCUGCUGGCAGCUGGAAUGUGCUUGUAGAAAUUAGCUGUUUUUGUCACGUUCGUGCCUGCUCUGAACUAUUAUAUAUUAUUCUAAAUUUAACCUGUGUUAGAUGCGUUAUUUGUGUAGGCGACAGUAUGUCGACGGGAUCUCCGUGAGACAGCGAGAUGGAGCGAAUACAUUCAUGUCCAGAUGGACGCCAACCACGUGGUAGUUAACACGGUCGCCGCUGCCGCACCAAAUCAUGUUUCAAAUCACAAUAGUUUAUUAAAACCCAACUAGUUUCCACUGAGCGCCAUUAAUAACCACUUUCUGGAUGGAUGGAUGCCCUUUGGAUUCGUCCAGCAGGUUUUCGGCGUCGGUAUUUGUGUGUUUAAACAGCUGCUCCCUGUAGCGUGCGACGUUGUCAUGUGCUAAAAUUAGCUUAGCUUGGCUAGCAAGUCAUAUGUCGCUGCGCACUUUAGUAGCAACCGUGUGGACUGUGAUUGGGUUUCUUUAAACCUGUGUUCACGACAUUUUUAUUAUUUAAAUAUGUCGCUCGACACAAGCGAGGGUGCACACAUGAGUAUAUCUGCCUCUAACUAACAGCAGACAAAGCCUUAGCUCGAUGCUAAUGGCGUACAGCAUUGUUCUCGGUGCCAGGGGGGCCUGCUGCUUCUGCAGGUGGUGUCACAUUUCACUAACCGCUACCGUUCGAAGACGCGCCCCCUAGCGGUAGAAAUGAAAGGAAGCGCAUUUCUCCAGAAUGUGACGUCAUUCCACAGCUGGCUUGUUGUUUUUAAUCUCUUUUCUGAGAUUGGUUUCAGCCAAGUUGGUUGUAAUGUUUUUGUAGUUAUUCUGAACUAAACAUGCUUUGUUUAUAUUAGCAAAACAUUAUAUGAAUAAACUGUCUGAUCUAUUUAUGGAUGUAAAACCUUUUAAAAGUUGUAAUACUGGCAAAAUUGCCAACUUUUAACAAAAUGUAGGUGUUGCCAUAAAGUGUUGGCACAAUAUGUGAGUCUUAUACCUUCGUGGUUAGAGUAAGUCUCAGUUAAUUGACCUGGAACUGUUUUCAUUGCAUUUGUUACUGUAAAAUAUUCACUGUUUAAAACGACAACAGAAAUUGAGUGUGCAUUAUUUUUCAAAUGAAACAGUGUUGUUGCUUUGAGCUACAAAAUAUUCAAGUUUACUUUUUACACAAGUCAGCCAUGUUAGGUUUUGAGGUCAAGGUUGGUAAGAAACCAAUUCUUUUUCCACACACAACUUCAAAAAUCCAAUAUUUACUUUUUCAAAUGUCAUUCAGGGCGAUGGUACUUGGCAAUCUUAUUCUAAAACAAUUGAAAAAAUGUAUGUCGAAUAUCAAUUUUUAUGGAUUUUGUUGUUGUUGUUUUUUACAGGUAUUUGAAAACAAUGAACCAACAAACUAUGGAUGAUUUUUCUUUUAAACCCCAAAAGAAACUUAAGCAAGCUUCUGUUGCACCAGAAUUCAGAAAUUACACAAAAAUGCAAUUUGCAGCUUUAAUUCCCAAGGAAUAAAAUACAACUCAAAGGUACAAAUAUAAAAAAAUUGCUUAUUGAAAGUGUUUUUCACAGAAAUUCUCCGGUGAGGAGAGUCUCUUUAAUCAGUGAAGGUAAAUGAUUGUAGGUGGAGCCUGAUAACUACAAGUUUGUCACCUGCUCACUCUUCUUUCUGAGGAAAAACCCAAGUUAAAAAACAACAAACAAACUCAAAUUCACCUUCAAGUUUUUGUCUAAAACUUUAAGAAAUGUUCCUUUUUUUUAAAACAACAAAAAAACGUUUAAUUAUUCCAGAUUUCCCUGCUGUAGAAGCUACUUGAUGUCAGUGAAACUGAGGCCUGUAUUAAAAACCGACUGAAGUUUCUCACUCAGACAGCAGAGCGCGGCUGCUCGGCGUCGCCCGCGAGCUUUUACAGCCACGUGAACCGUGUCGCUUCUGACCUUCUGACUUCAACUUUGCAGAUCCGGUUCUUCAGGUUUGUUGUGACCGUUUAUGUCGUUAGUGGUGCCCCCGCCCCCUCACAGUAAAUAAGAGCGAGGCUUUUUACUAUCCCGGCGCUGUGAGCUCGAGAGGGGCAGCAAGUUCAGCCAAACUCGUGACCUCUGGAGCCAGACGUCAGGAAUGUGAAGAGGUCACCAUCAAAGUUAUAAGUUAAAGCCUGGCGAACAUCCCCCUCAGUCCGGAGACGGCCCAGGACCAGGAGAGACGGAUCCGUCGGGAAAUUGCCAACAGCAACGAGCGGCGGCGUAUGCAGAGCAUCAACGCUGGAUUUCAGUCCCUCAAAACACUCCUGCCACACACAGACGGGGAGAAGCUCAGCAAGGCCGCCAUCCUUCAACAAACAGCGGACUACAUCUUUACCUUGGAGCAGGAAAAAACCCAGCUGCUAACCCAGAACAACCAGCUCAAACGCUUCAUCCAGGAGUUUAGCGGCUCCUCGCCCAAAAGGAGGCGAGCCGAGGAGAAGGACGAAGGCAUCGGGUCUCCGGACACGCUGGAGGAGGAGAAGGUGGAGGAGCUGAGGAGGGAGAUGAUCGAGCUGCGGCAGCAGCUGGACAAGGAGCGCUCGGCUCGCAUGCAGCUGGAGGAGCAGGUGAUCUCAGCUGUGCGGUCUCUGGACGGCCAGCUGCACCCAGAGCGUCUGAAGGUGAUCACCCAGCAGGUGGAGGAGGAGCAGGCCCUCAUCCAGAGCCAGACGCUGCUGCGGCUACAGCAGAUCCACGCCGCCGCCGCCGACAGACAAACACACAGUCCUCAGGUGCUGGCUCCGCCCACUCCGCCUGCCCCAACCCACCACCCCACUGUCAUCGUCCCAGCUCCAACACUAAACCAACACCAUCACGUCACUGUGGUGACCAUGAGCCCAUCUGUCCACACCAGCACCGUGUCCACUUCCAGACAGAACCUGGACACCAUUGUGCAGGCCAUCCAGCACAUUGAGCGCACCCAGGAGAGAAGAGGCAGCUCCGAGGACGAGCAGAGGAGAGCAGUCAUCGUCAGCCCCACCCACGUCGCCAUGGACACCGCCUGCUCGGACACAGACACGGACACGGAGGGUGAAGACUGUUUGAUGAACUGACCCGCCCCCACCCUGAACUCCUUCCUAUCCCCGCCCCUCCAACACGCACACAAACACUUAAGACACCCUACUCACUGUAAGAUUCCCUCCAGGAGCUUGACUACUCAUGUUAAUCUGUCUUUGGCAUUACCUAAACUCCUAAAUCCAGUGGUUUAAGCUCUGCGUCAAGUUUUGUACUGUAAUUUUUCAGAGUAUUGAAGAGGUAGGAAGGUCAGCGUGCAGGAUCCGUUGGAUCUCUGCAGCUACUUGAAUAAUCAAACGGUCUACUUGUAGAAAAAAAGAAAAAAAAAAGGCUGUCUGCCCCGUUGUUUCUCGUUUGUGCGUGCUCUCCAUAUAGUCCCAGAAUCAUCGUCGCCCUCUUUCUGUCACUCCUGACAGUGCAGCUACAAUCUAAUGGAGUCAAUUUAUCAGAAAGAUGAAUGUAACGACACAAUAAGCAAGGAGAUCCUUAUUCACAUGUUUUGUUUGUCGUAUAUUUCUGGUGGCUGUCAAAUCUUAAGCUAUUAAAUACUAAAUUUAAAAAUUUGAACCUACACAUAAAAUCUUUCUUACUUGAAGAAAAGAAAAAAAGCUGUUUUUAAACUCUAAAUAAGCCUUUAGAAAUAAGCUGAAUUCCUUCUCUGGUCUUUCAGUUUAGAUGUUUAUAUAUAUAUAUAUGUGUUUAUAUAUAUAUAUAUAAUGUUGUUUUUUUUUAAUUAAGUGUCAGGGUCGCCAAUCGUUGAAGGUUUUGUCCUAAUUUAAAAUUAGUCGACUUUUCUUUUACCAUUUUUUUGUUUGUUUGUUCUUAACAGGAGGGAGGAGAAAAACGCACCAUUACGUUUUUAACUUGAUGUCGGCUUGUUGCAUGAAAAACAUUCAGGUGCCGCAUUUUUGUAAAUAAGCGAUCAACCCGAGACGGUUUGACUGAAUCAGACUCUUUGGAAUCUACAAAUAUUUCCAUCGAAGUUCUGAAACAGAUGGGCAUGAAUCAUGUUUCCAGCAUUUCCCCCCAAGGGCCUGAAUCCACCAUCUGGUCUUGGUGACUAUGCACUAGAGAUGUUGGGAUUUAUGCAAUUCCAUCUUUUGUACAUUUAUUGUUCUUUUUUUUUUUUUUGUCGCUAUCAUUUAAACAUAGGGUGAAGUUCUCUAUGCACCGUGUAUGAAACUUGACGUGUUUAAAUGGAAGAAUGUAGUACUUAAGAGGUGCUUGUUUUAGUCGUCACCGUGGCGAUCUGCAGGGGCGCAACGAGCCGAGGCCAAAUGUACCUGCAAUAAGUCACCUUUCCUUUUGUUUUUGUUUUGUUUUUUCCCCCCAGAGAUUUAGUCAGAUAUUAUGUUGAACUCGACAACACAGGAGAAAAUUUCUGGUGUCGUGUCUUUUCAACAAAAAAAAAAAGCAAAUGCCACAAAGCAAAGUUUAA